AUGGCAACGAUCAGCCUCGGCGACGCUCUGAGGGCCGGCGCCGAGAUCACGAUGACCGUGGAGCCGCGCCCGCCGACGCCGCCGCCGCCCGAGCCCGAGCCCGCGUGCCGCUGGGAGGCCAUGUGGAAGCGCGGCCUGGAGCCGGGCGACGCGUUUGAUGUUGGCGGCGUGUCCGGCGCGCUCGCGUCCUACCUCAAGCGCGCCCCGCGGCCGCCGGAGGGCAGCGCGGCCCUCGUGCCGGGCUGCGGCCGCGCCUACGACGCGCUGGCCCUGGCGCGGCACGGCUUCGACCGCGUAGUGGCCGUGGACAUCGCGCCGACGGCCGUGCGGGCGGCCAUGAGCUUCCUCGAGGACGAGGCCGACGGCUACGACGAGGACCUGGGCAUUUAUUACAUACAGAUCAAGGGGACGCGCUUCACGAAGAUCGAGGUGUACGAGGUCGACUUCUUCGACGUUCCAGAUAAGUUCGACUUCAUCUGGGACUGCACGUUCCUCUGCGCGCUCGACCCGUCGCUACGGGAGAAGUGGGCAACGAAGCAGAAGGCGCUCCUCGACGAGAACGGCACGCUGCUUUCCUGUAUUUUCCCCAUUUGCGAGAAGGUCGGCGGGCCGCCCUACGCGCUCUCGGUGCCGCUCGUGACGGAAUUAUUGAAGCCGGAGGGCUUCGAGGCCGUCGAGACGCGCGUCUGUGAGGGCGCCGAGCGGCACGUGCCCGGGGCGAUGGCCGGCGACGAUUGCCCCGGGACGGCGCUCGUCGCGUGGAGGCUGGGCAAGCCCGACGCCGUCGAGGCGACCAGGGAGAUAA